AUGUGGAGUCGAGGGAGCUUGGACAAUGAAGUAGACCCAUAUUAUCAUAUCUCCCCUGUACUUUCAUUUGCGCCCCUCUCCCCCUCUAGAGCAUCCCUCAGUCAUGCCGAUCUUCAUGGGAGGACCCGUUAUUUUCUUAUCUUUCCUCGAAUCCAUGACUCUGCUAUGAGGCUGUCACGUUCUCUCGGUUUAAUCCAGUUAAUGCGGCUUACAUCAGCCCAACUUCUGAUCAUCGCCUACCUAGACAACCACAGAAAGCCCUCUCGAGCUCGGACAGGGUAG